CCGGAGCGCAGUUUUCUUGCGUUAUGAAAGAGUGAAAUGUUGGAUAACUGCUGGUUUCCUGCGCUUACACAACGCCAUGCGGACAGCUGGGGGGCUCCCGCUUGUCUAGGUUUUCCAAAAGACGUCUGAAGCGAGUGUUUUUGUGAAUGAGAAAACAAGGGGAGAGACAAGACGGCAAUGGCGAAGCGGAGAGAGCCCGCAGAGACGCAGGCCAAUACAAAGAAAACCAAGCAGGUGCUGAAGGCGAAGAGCAGCGCAGCAAAAACAAGAGCGAAGAAGAAAGAUGCAGGUAAUGGCAUCACAGAGAAAGAGGAGAAGCUCGAGAGGAAGUUCAAACCCAAGUCACGUCAGUCCUCAAAAGCAGCAGCAAAGACUAACUCUUCCUCCAAAUCCGCCACCACCACCUCUGCUGACAGAACCAGUAAAUACUUCCAGUCACCAGUGAAGGAGGAGGAGAGUGACAGUGAGGAUGACUUUGACAUGGUGACCUCACCACCACGUGUGGUUACAGCGAAUGCCAAGAAACCAGUGAAAGAAGAAGAAGAGGAGGAGGAGGACGAUGAUGAUGACAGUGAGGAAGAUGAGGAUGAUUGGGAGGAAGUGGAAGAGCUAGCUGAGCCACCUGAUCCAGCUGAACCAUCUGACCCCCUCCUGCCCUCUCAGCCGGUAGAGAUAGAGAUCGAGACUCCAGAAGUCAGGAAGAAGCAGAAGAGGCAGGCGGAGUUUGAGACGUAUCUGAAGCGGAUGAUGAACAGAUAUAAGAAAGACCUGCUGAUGGACACACACAAGGUCCACCUCAUGUGCCUCAUAGCCAGCGGGAUGUUUCGCAACCGUCUGUGCAGCGAACCGGACCUGCUGGCCAUCACUCUGUCGCUGCUACCCGCCCACUUCGGCGUGGUCGCUAAGGAACGCAUGGACCAAAACUACCUCUCUGGACUGCUCAAAUGGUUCAGAGCAACAUUCACCCUCAAUCCCAGUCUUCCCUGUGAGGAGCGUCCAGACCCCCGGGCUCUCCUGGAGAGGCGGCUGGCCAGCCUUUCAGCCAGGAACCACCAAGAGAUGACUCAUCUGUUCCUGUUGGUCCUGAGGUCUCUGCAGCUCUUCUGCCGACUGGUUCUUUCUCUACAGGCGAUUUCUUUCAAAGCCCCAUCAGCCAAGGGCAAAGGGGCAAGAACGUCCACUGGUGCCCCAGGAAAGAGCCACACAAACCAAGAAGCCUCCAAGACCACCUCACCGGAGCCGAAGGUCUCUCCUGGCACCAAGAGACCAGCUGGAGAAGGGAAAGCCAAAGGUGACAGAGGAGGAAAGAAAGCAAAGAGAAAGGAUAUAAAGGAGGAGGAGGAAGAAGAGGAGAAGACUAUAACAUCAGGAGGACAGAGACCAAAGAACUCAAAACGCCGCAGUGUUGCCUCAAAAGUCAGCUACAAGGAGGAAAGCAACAGCGAAGGCGAUGAAGGGCUUAGCGCGGAUGAAUUUCAAGCGACCAGUGAGGAGGACAGUGAGGAUUCAGACAGUGAGGCUAAAUCCACAAAGGGGAAGAAGGGCAGAGGGAAGAGCAAAGCCAAAGUGAGCAACAACAAGAACACCGCAGCUCCAAAGAGAAGGAGUGGCGGAGGGAAAAAACAGGUAAAAGACGAGGGGGACAAAGAGUGGGAGGAAGGGGAGGACAAUGACGAAGAAGCAGAAGGAACAACAAAUAACGGAACAAAGCGAAAGAGUGGAAAGAAGAAGGAAGGGCCUGGAGCGGAUGAGUGGUUGGAGGUGUAUCUGGAAAAAACGUCUUCCUGGGUUUGCGUGGAUGUUGAGCACGGUGUCGGGAUGCCUCACCUCUGCUCCCAGAAUGCAACAGCACCGGUGACGUACGUGGUGUCAGUGGAUGGGGAUGGGUUUGUGAAGGACCUGGGAAGAAAGUACGACCCCACCUGGAUGACAUCGUCCAGGAAGAGGCGGGUGGAUGAGGAAUGGUGGGAGGAAACGCUCGAGCCAUUCCUGGGACCUGAGGAUGAGAGGGACAUGAAGGAGGACAAGGAGCUCCAGAACAAGCUUCUGAACAAACCCCUGCCAAUCUCCAUAACAGAGUACAAGAACCACCCACUGUACGCCUUAAAGAGACACCUGCUGAAGUAUGAAGCCAUCUACCCUUCAACGGCCACUGUACUGGGAUACUGCAGAGGAGAGCCGGUCUACUCCAGGGAUUGUGUGCACACUCUCCACUCCCGAGACACUUGGCUGAAAGAAGCAAGAACUGUCAGACUAGGAGAAGAGCCAUACAAAAUGGUGAAGGGCUUCUCGAAUCGUUCCCGUAAGGCCAGGAUGAUGUCUGAGCUGAAGGAAGAAAACGACCUGCCUCUGUUUGGAGAAUGGCAGACUGAAGAGUACCAACCGCCUAUAGCUGUGGAUGGGAAGGUUCCCCGUAACGACUACGGUAACGUGUACCUGUUUAAGCCCUGUAUGUUACCGGUGGGCUGUGUUCACCUCAGGCUGCCCAACCUGCACCGCGUGGCCAAGAAGCUGAACAUGGACGCCGCUCCUGCCGUCACAGGCUUUGACUUCCAUGGAGGAUACUCGCACGCUGUGACUGAUGGCUACAUUGUGUGUGAGGAGCACGAGGAGGUUCUCAGAGCCGCCUGGGUGGAAGAACAAGAGCUUCAGAAACAGAAGGAGAAAGAGAAAAGAGAAAAGAGGGCAAUCUCCAACUGGACUCUGCUGGUGAAAGGACUCCUGAUCAGAGAAAGGCUUAAGCAGCGCUACGGCAAGAAGAACCAGGGGUUGGGGAGCCUUGUUCAAGGAGACAACACCGGUGGCUUCUCAUCUGACGAGGAGGCGGUUGAGGGUGAAAGUCCUGGAGCCAAGACUGCAUCUGAAACUUUGGCCAUGUCCUGGCCCCAGAACAGACAAGCAGAGGAGGAUGGCGGGAACACCAGCGGUCUGAAGAGGAAGUCGACAGCAAAACGAGAGAAGAGAGGACAAGAGAAACAUUUGUUCCCCUUUGAGAAAGUGUAGUGUCGUUGAAACUCUUACCAAGUUUUGAUAAAUCAAGGUUGAAAGCUCUGCUUUCUAAAAGCACUUGAUUUACUGCUCCAACUACUACUGAUAUUACUUUCUUCACUUGCCUUUAAAGCAGGACAGAAUGUGUCUGAGGAGCAACAGAUGUGAGAUCAUUUUAGCAAGUCUAAUCGACCCUGGAACUUUUGGCAGCAGCACUACAAGGAGGAGCGAAUGACAGAAAGAAAGGACGAAGAAGAAGAAGGAAUGUUUCAUAGUGAACUGAUUUUCAGAUAAUAUAUGCAUUAAUCCUCCUCCACUAUCACUGUAUGUAUUCCCAUUAGUUCACAUUCUGUAUUGUUAGUGUUCUGUAUGAAAACUUAAUAGAGAUACAGUACGUGCCAGUGCGAAAUGUGCAUGGUCAGUAUCAAAUCCAGCAAGCUGACACAUGUGCUCUUGUGUUGAACAGUGUUUUCAGCUUUUCUUGAAGAGAACAAACUCAAAAUGAAUGUGAGAACCAGGAAAGUGUCCUUGCAGUUUCAUGUGUGUUUAACAUUACAUAAAGACACGCAGCUGGCCAUUGUGCUCAGACAGCUGUGAUGCACUCAGCUCUCUUGCAAAUAUUCAGUGGGUGUGCUCCAAAACCUGUACAGUGCUGGUUUGAGCCCAGUGGGCGUAGUUUUCAUUUCAGCUCAGCACACUAAACGGUAUACAGCUUAUGUCGGCUUGGAUCGAUGGUGUGUGUGUGGAAAGUAAACGCAAAUACCGUGUGUAACAACAGCACCUGCCAACAACACAGGCUAAUAAACACACAUUUCUAAUGUCUUGUAGCAGCUGAAUCAAAAUGGAAAAACUGCCAACACAUUAAAGCUAUUAGCUGUUAGCCCGGCCACUACUUGCUAUAGUCUCAUUUUAUCACAUUCCAUGUAAGCAGGUUUCACCAACCCUGCAAAUACAUGACCUGUAGCACUCCAGUACGACCAAAUGGAGCACAGCCAUUGUUACUGGUCUGACUGUUCACCGUGUUUUUAGCUCAACCACUAUGCACUUUUGAGUUGAUGUAACUGACUUUGGGUUGAAGAGUGUUGUCAUCUGACAGAAGAGCGUGUAAUCCUUUAUAUGGAGGUAUAAUAUGAAAACCACACUAAGACAAGAGCAGGUUGUUUGUCAUCUUAGCUCACACUCCCUGUCUUGAUUUCUCAAAAAUACCGUACCUACCAUUGUUCUCUUCUUCCUUUUGUUAGGCUGCUAUAGCCCUGGAGGUUCACUUGUUCCUGCUGUAUUCUGGUAUAUCGUUGUCAAAUUCAGCCUCUUUAUCUCACACUGAUCUCUUUCACACUUUUUGUCACUGUUUCACACCCUGUGUCUAUACGUGUUCGCACACAGCAGCUGAUGGCUGUGUUUAAAGCAGUAAGCAGUAAGCAGUUUUGUACGAAAAGUAUUUUUGUAAGGAAUCUUUAAAUACAAGUAAAAAGCAAAACAACUGAAUUUCAUUUUGUAGUCUUUUUUAAAUAGACUUUGGUAUGUGUUUUUUUUUUUCUUGUUAUGUUUAUUAGACAUUUCUAAAAGUAUAAAUAUAUCCCCAUAUUAGUAAUGUUAGUAGUAGAAAAAAUAGUAAUUUUAUGCAAAUGACCAUGACACAGCUUUUUCCAAAUUUCCAAAUCAUCAA